AUGAACGGCAUCAGCUGGAACUGCCGUGGCAUGGGGAGGCCACGCGCAGUCCUGGAACUCACCGAGAUGGUGAAACAGCAUUCCCCAAGCUUCGUUUUCCUGAUGGAAACCAGAUCAAAAGAUAAGUUUCUCAAAAGCCUUUGCCGUAAAUUCAAGUUACAGAAUUUGUUUAUUGUUCCUAGACUCAAUACUGGUGGGGGUUUAGCUCUGUACUGGAAAGAGGACCUGAACUUAAAGGUUCAGAGCUCUUCUCCGUCGCACAUCGAUGCAGUAGUCGCCCCAGGAGUGGAUGACGCUUGGCGACUCACCGGUUUCUACGGAAAUCCGGUAACCGCCAACCGGGAACACUCUUGGGCGCUACUCAAGCAUCUCGGUCUUCAAUUUAAUCUGCCGUGGCUCUGUGUAGGUGAUUUUAACGAGAUUGUGAAGGCGGGGGAAAAAAGGGGCGGUGCUCCUCGGCCUGAGCGCCAAAUGAUUGAUUUUAGAGGGGCUCUUGACUUUUGCGGCUUUAGGGAUAUCGGAUUUGUGGGUGCACCGUUUACAUGGUGCAACAAUCAAUUCGACGGAGUUGUUACUUGGAUCAGAUUGGAUAGGGGAGUGGCAACGGCUUCCUGGCUGCAGCGAUUUCCUACGGUUCGAAUUCAUCACAUCUCGGGUUCGCUAUCUGACCACUGCCCUCUGUGGAUUUGCUCUGAUGACGAAAAUGUUCGUUUCUAUAAAAGUGGCAGACCGUUUCGCUUCGAAGUGAUGUGGAUGAGGGACUCUGGAUGUGAAGGGGUGAUAAAAAACGUGUGGGAUGAUCCUUUCCCAGGCAACCCCAUGAAUAAGGUCGUUUCCAAGGUUGAGGCUUGCGGCUCUAAGUUAAAAACUUGGAACAAAUGUACUUUUGGGCACAUUCGGAAUCUUUUGGUGAAGAAAAAGAAAUUGUUAGCUCAGGCAGAAGCAUUGUCAAUGGCUGGUCAGAAUCAUGAGCUAGUAAGGUCCUUAAAGGGGGAAGUUUAUGAGUUAAUGGUUAAGGAAGAUUGUAUGUGGCAUCAACGCUCUAGGGUGGAUUGGCUUAAGGCGGGGGACCUCAAUACAAGCUAUUUUCACAGCCGUGCAAGCCAGCGAAACCGAAGAAAUUUUAUUUCCAAGCUGACCCGUGAGGAUGGCCGUGUCAUUGAGGAAGAACAAGAAAUUGGUCAAGAGUUGGUUACGUAUUUUAGGGAGCUGUUUACUUCGGAAGCUCCAUCCAAUUUCGAUCCCAUCCUCCAGGGAAUCGAGAGAAAAGUGACGCCUCUGAUGAACAUGGAGUUGACAAAGCAGUACACAGCAGAGGAGGUUGAGGUAGCCUUGAAACAAAUGAAAUCCGUAUCAGCCCCCGGCCCUGACGGUAUGCCUCCUAUCUUCUUUAAACAUUACUGGAAUAUUGUUGGUCAUGAUGUUUUAUCUGCUACUCUUUCUGUCCUAAACUCCGGAACCGUGCCAUCUGAUAUAAACCAUACCUUUAUCUGCCUGAUACCAAAAAUUAAAUCCCCUGAAACAGCAAAAGACUUCAGGCCCAUAAGCCUCUGCAACGUCAUUUACAAACUCAUUUCAAAAACCAUAGCCAACCGUCUUAAAAAAUGUCUCCCAAAAAUUGUCUCUGAUUCCCAAAGCGCUUUCCUAUCCAACCGCCUCAUCACAGACAACUUGCUAAUUGCCAUUGAAACCUUACACCACCUCAAACAAAAGAGAUUAGGGAAAUCUGGUUCCAUGGCCUUAAAACUCGACAUGAGUAAGGCUUAUGACCGGGUUGAGUGGAAAUUCAUGGACAAAUUGAUGGAGAAGUUAGGAUUUGAUAGGAAUUGGAUCAAUCUGAUUAUAUCUUGUAUAAGUUCUGCUUCUUUUUCAAUUCUUAUUAAUGGUGUCCCUCAUGGUCUUAUCCAUCCCCAACGUGGUCUCCGACAAGGGGACCCGUUGUCUCCAGAUCUGUUCAUCUUGUGUGCAGAAGGUUUGCAUUCGCUUAUCCAGCAAGCGGCGGACAUUGGUGCAAUCACUGGUGCAUCCUUGUGCCGUGAAGGUCCCAAGGUGACUCAUCUUUUCUUCGCGGAUGACAGCCUGCUAUUCUGUCGGGCAAACAAUCAUGAAUGCUCCGCUAUUUUGGAUUUGUUGGAUAAGUUUGAAAGGGCUUCGGGGCAGAGGAUCAACCGCGCCAAAACCCAACUCUUCUUUAGUACAAACACAAGGCAGCAGGUCCGAAACUCCAUUAAAACCAGAUUGGGGGUCUCAGACUCUCAUCAUAUCGAAAAAUAUCUUGGGCUCCCUUCUUUUGUGGGAAGAAGUAAAAAACAUAGCUUCAGCUACAUCCGUGAAAGGGUUUGGAAUAAAAUUCAGGGGUGGAAGGAGAAACUCCUCUCCCAGGCAGGCAGAGAGGUGCUGAUCAAGUCUAUCCUUCAAGCCUUGCCUACCUUCACGAUGAAUUGUUUCAAGUUACCAAAAAGCUUAUGCAAAGACAUAGAAUCGCUAAUUCGCAAGUUCUGGUGGGGUUACAGCGGUGAGCAACGAAAAACCCAUUGGGUGGCGUGGAAUAAGCUUUGUCUCCCUAAAAGCCUUGGGGGUUUGGGGUUUCGUGAUAUUGAAAAUUUCAAUCUUGCUCUUCUUGGGAAGCAGGUGUGGAGGCUUUUACAUAAUAGGGAUUCCUUAUUCUUUAAGGUCUUUAAAGCGAGAUUCUUUCCCUCGUGCUCAAUCAUGGAUGAAGGUGUAAAAACCUCUGGAUCCUAUGCUUGGCAGAGCAUUCUCAAGGCGCGCCAUGUUCUUGAAUUGGGUUCGGCCUGGCGCAUUGGUGAUGGUCACACUGUCCGGAUCAGAGGAGAUAAGUGGCUGCCUGGUAGACAGCCCAGAAAAAUCCUUUCUCCCCAAAAAUCUCUCCCAAUGAACACCAAAGUUUGUGCUCUGUUGUCCGAGAAUGGUGCUGGCUGGGAUGAAGAUCGGGUCAGGGGUGAUUUCCUCCCUUUUGAGGCUAGGGAAAUCCUGAGCAUCCCUCUAAGCUCUCGGCAAUCCCCUGAUGUCAGAUUCUGGAAUGAAACAAAGAAUGGCGUUUACUCCACCAAGUCGGCCUAUCGUCUCUUGGCCAUGACUGCAAGCAAUAACUUUCCUGGUCCUUCAUGUUCUUCUGCCAACAAAGAGCUCUGGUCUAACAUUUGGAAACUGAAUAUUCCAAAUAAAGCUAAGCACUUUCUUUGGAGAGCUUCCUCCGAGUCUCUUCCAACAAAAAAGAAUCUUUGCCGAAGGAAAAUAAUUACAAAUGACAUCUGUGAUCUAUGCCGGGACUGUCCUGAAGAUGGCAUCCAUGCUCUUUGGGAGUGUUAUUUGGUCAAAGAAAUUUGGUGGAUGGAAGAUUCAUGUAGGCCUUACAUUUCGGAGAGAUUUGUCAAUUUCCAGGACCUUUUCUUGGGCAUCCUUAAGAGGAUGGACUCCCAGCUGGUUGAAAGAAUAGCUAUGAUUGCCUGGUGCAUUUGGUUUAAGAGAAAUUCGUCCCGGACUGGUUCGCCUUCUCUGCCUUUUUCCCAGAUCCACUCGGAUGCCAUUGAACGGCUUCAGGAAUUCCAACAUGCCCAAGAUACGCCCCUGGCUCCUCCCCAUCCUCCAAAUCCGGUUUGUUGGUCCCCUCCUCCCAAUUCUUGGUGUAAAGCAAACUACGAUGGAGCCAUCUUCCAGGAGCAACCAGCUGCGGGGUUGGGUGUGGUGAUCAGGGACCAUGAAGGUAAAGUUAUUGGAGCUCUCUCCGAACGUGUUGCCUUACCCCCAUCUGUCGAAGACGUGGAGGCUCUUGCCUGUAGGAGGGCGAUUUUGUUGGCUUUGGAGCUUAAUAUUCUGUCAGUGAUUUUUGAAGGGGAUUCCGAAAUCAUAACCAACUCUCUCAACUCAUGCGACGCGUGCUUUGCUCCCUUUGGCCACCUGAUUGAAGAUGCUCGGCACCUGGCCUCUGGUUUUCAUGCUGUUUCUUUCGCUCAUGUUAAACGAAAAGGGAACGGGGUAGCUGAUAAAUUGGCAAAGAUAGCCAGACAGUCCCAAUCCCCCCAAAUCUGGUUUGGUGACAUCCAUUGUGAUGCCCACAAUCUUGUAAUGUUGGACAGUCUGUCCUGUUGA